AUGGGCAAAAAACAAGCAGGCCCCGCCUACAUCUUGGGCGUGGGUAUGACCAAGUUCAUCAAGCCUCGUGGCAAAGUCGAUUACAAUGAGCUGGGUUAUGAAGCUGGUAUCAAGGCCAUGCUCGACGCCCACAUUACCUAUGAUGAUGUAGACCAGGGUGUUGCAUGCUACGUCUACGGCGAUAGCACCUGUGGUCAGCGCGUUUUCUACCAGUUCGGCCUUACCAAUAUCCCUAUCUACAAUGUGAAUAACAACUGCUCGACUGGAUCAACUGGUUUGGCUAUGGGUCGCACCAUGGUCUCUCAUGGCGCUGCCGACUGUGUUUUGGUUGUUGGAUUCGAGAAAAUGAACCCCGGAAGCUUGCAAUCCGUAUAUAACGAUCGCACUGGUCCAACUGAACGGUUUGGGAUGAUGAUGGCCGAGACACGGGGAGUCACCAACGCGCCCGGUGCUGCCCAGAUGUUCGGAAAUGCUGGUCGAGAAUACAUCGAGAAGUACGGCGCAAAGAAUGAGGACUUUGCCGAAAUCGCCCGCAUCAACCACGAGCACUCCAAGCGCAACCCCUACUCGCAGUUCCAGGACGAAUACUCCCUUGAGCAAGUGAUGAAGGCCCCCAUGAUCUUCGAGCCACUCACCAAGCUACAAUGCUGCCCAACGUCAGACGGCGGUGCAGCCGCUGUCAUCGUUUCCCAGGAAUUCCUUGAUGCUCGUCCCCACCUGAAAGACCAAGCUAUCUUAAUCGCCGGCCAAAACAUCGCUACCGACAACGAGACACUAUUCAGCGGCAGCUCUAUUGAUCUAAUGGGGUUCGGUAUGUCACGACAUGCAGCGCGUACUGCCAUCGCCGAGGCUGGCGUGAAUGCCAAGGAUAUCAAAGUCUGCGAACUGCACGAUUGUUUCUCUGCCAAUGAGAUGAUCACAAUUGAUGCGCUUGAGCUUUCUGAGCCUGGUAAGGCGCAUGAGAUGGUUCGUCGUGGUGACAUUACCUACGGCGGUAAGAUGGUCAUCAAUCCUUCUGGUGGUCUUAUUUCGAAGGGUCAUCCUCUCGGCGCUACUGGUAUUGCUCAGUGUGCUGAGUUGGUUUGGCACUUGCGUGGAUGGGCCAAUAAUCGUCUUGUGCCCGGUACAGUCGCUACUUUGCAGCAUAACCUUGGUCUUGGUGGUGCUGUUGUUGUCACUGUGUACAAGCGUGCUGAUGGCAAGACUGCCGCUGCUGUUUCAUCGGAGGAUGUGGGCAAAAUCAACGGAUUGGGCUAUAACCCGGCUGUAGAAGCUCGUGGGUUCACUGCUGAGCAAGCCAAGUCGGUAAGCAGCAAGAAGCGCACUAGUGAGUUUGCUCUUUCCGAUGUCCAAGAAAAGGUCCUUGCCCGUUUCUAG